GCAGCGAGGAGCCUUUCUUUCUCCGCUUUGAAAACCUUUCACCUGAUUAACUUGUUUUAUAAACAAUUUAAUCUCAGUUUCUUCCCUUACAUUUAUUUUUUUAGAACUUUGUAACCUACCGCAUGGGACGCAUCUUAAAUAGAUAAGUAGAUAAGGUCUCCAGUCUACUAUGGAUGAGGAGAGAGAGGAUGGGGAUGGGGGUCCUACCUCUAAGACCGCUCUGUCUGGGGAACAUGGCCGCCGGAGCAAAGCUAAGAGAAGGAGGCAGCAGAGAGCAGACUCCCCUGGACCCAGCUGUGUCUCCAUGAAGAGUGACCGCUCUAUGAAUACACCAUUGAACUUUAAAGAUGGAAGCCCCUCCAGAGACGAGAGAAGGAGGCAGCAGAGAGCAUACUCCCCUGGACCCAGCUGUGUCUCCAUGAAGAGUGACCACUCUAUGAAUACACCAUUGAACUUUAAAGAUGGACGCCCCUCCAGAGACGAGAGACACCAGGAGAGGUCAAAGGUUACCAGUGCUCAGUCUGUACAGCAUCAAACAGAGCUGGAGAUGAACCAGGAGGAACUGGCCGACACACUGUGGGGCGAAUCUGCUGCUGUCGAGUGCCAAACUAAAUUCAAGUCUCGUUUGAAGAAGAAGUUGUGGAGUUUGGAUGAGGGAAUCACACAUCGGGAGCAAAGACCUCUGAAUGAGAUCUACACAGAGCUCUUCAUCACAGAGAGAGGCAGUGGAGAGGUCAACCAGGAACAUGAGGUCAGACUGAUUGAAACAGCCUCCAGGAAACCAGCCAUGGAGGAAACGCCAAUCAGAUGUGAGGACAUCUUUAAACCCUUACCUGGACAAGAUAAACCAAAUAAACCAAUCAGGACAAUAAUGACAACUGGAGUGGCCGGCAUUGGUAAAACCGUCUUAACACAAAAGUUCACUCUGGACUGGGCUGACGGCAAAGCCAACCAUGACAUACACUUCACAUUUCUCCUCACUUUCAGAGAGCUGAAUUUACUGAAAAAUAAAGAGUUUAGCUUGGUGGGACUUGUUCAUCACUUCUUUAUUGAGACCAAAGAAGCAGGAAUCUGCAGAUUCCACCGGUACCAAGUUGUCUUCAUCUUAGAUGGUCUGGAUGAGUGUCGACUUCCUCUGGACUUCCAGAACAACCCGAUCUGGACUGAUGUCAAAGAGCCGUCCUCGGUGGACGUGCUGCUGACAAACCUCAUCAGGGGCGACCUGCUUCCCUCCGCUCGCAUCUGGAUAACCACACGCCCUGCGGCAGCCAAUCAGAUCCCUGCUGAGUGUGUUGACAGGGUGACAGAGGUGAGGGGGUUCACCGACCCUCAGAAGGAGGAGUACUUCAGGAAGAGAUUCGGAGACGAGACGCUGGCCAACACAAUCAUCUCCCACGUAAAGAAAUCACGAAGCCUCCACAUCAUGUGUCACAUCCCAGUCUUCUGUUGGAUCACUGCUACUGUUCUGGAGGACAUCUUAAAAACAUCCAAGAGAGGAGAAGAGAUGCCCAAGACCGUGACUCAGAUGUACAGCCACUUCCUGAGGGUUCAGUCCAUACAGGGGGACAGGAAGUACCAUGGGAGAUCUGAAACAGAUCCACACAGGAGUUCAGAGAGCAGGGAGAUCAUUGUUUCUCUGGGAAAACUGGCUUUUAACCAGCUGGAGAAAGGCAACCUGAUCUUCUACGAGGAAGACCUGGCAGACUGUGGCAUCGACAUCAAAGCAGCCUCAUUGUACUCAGGAGUGUUCACCCAGAUCUUUAAAGAGGAGUGUGGGAUGUACCAGGCCAGGGUGUUCUGCUUUGUCCAUCUGAGCAUCCAGGAGUUUCUGGCUGCUCUUUAUGUCUUUCUGUUCUUCAUCGACACUGGUAUCACUCUGCUCUCAGAAGAACCACCCACCUCUGGGGAAGAUAAACUCCUCCUCCUCUACCAGAGUGCUGUGGACAAGGCCUUACAGAGUGAGAACGGACACCUGGACUUGUUCCUCCGCUUCCUCCUGGGCCUCUCUCUGGAGACCAAUCAGAUUGUCCUACGAGGUCUGCUGGGACAGACAGGAUCUAGCUCACUGAUCAAUAGAAAAACAGUGUCUUACAUCAAGAAGAAGAUAGCUGGAGAUCUCUCUCCAGAGAGAAGCAUCAACCUGUUCCACUGUCUGAAUGAGCUGAACAACCGUUCUCUAGUGAAGGGGAUCGAACAGUACCUGACAUCAGGAAGUCUCUCCGGAGAAUCUCUCCCUCCUUCUCAACUGUCAGCUCUGGCCUUCAUCCUAGUGACAUCAGAAGAGGAGCUGGACGUGUUUGACCUGAAGAAAUACUCUGCUUCAGAGGAGGGUCUUCUGAGGCUGCUGCCAGUGGUCAAAGCCUCUAAAACAUCUCUGCUCAAUGGCUGUCAUCUGUCAGAGAGAUGCUGUGAAGCUCUGGCCUCAGUUCUCAGCUCCAGCUCUAGUCUGAGAGAGCUGGACCUGAGUACCAAUGAUCUGCAGGACUCAGGAGUGAAGCUGCUCUCUGUUGGACUGGGGAGUCCACACUGUACACUGGAAACUCUCAGGCUCAAUGGCUGUCAUCUGUCAGAGACAUGCUGUGAAGCUCUGGCCUCAGUUCUCAGCUCAGACUCCUCUAGUCUGAGAGAGCUGGAGCUGAGUACCAAUGAUCUGCAGGAUUCAGGAGUGAAGCUGCUCUCAGCUGGACUGGGGAGUCCACACUGUACACUGGAAACUCUCAGCUUGUCUGGCUGCCUGGUCACACAGGAAGGCUGUGCUUCUCUGGCCUCAGCUCUGAGCUUCAACCCCUCCCAUCUGAGAGAGCUGGACCUGAGCUACAAUCACCCAGGAGACUCUGGAGCUGCGCUGCUCUCUGCUGGACUGGAGGAUCCACGCUGGAGACUGGACACUCUCAGUGUGGAGCACGGUGGAGUGUGGAGGCUGAAACCAGCUCUAAAGAAGUAUGCCUGUGAACUCACACUGGACCCCAACACGGCCUACAGACGACUCUCUCUGUCUGAGGACAACAGGAAGGUGACGCGGGUUGGAGAGGACCAGCCGUAUCCGGAUCACCCAGACAGAUUUGACUCCCGGCUCCAGGUGUUGGGUAGAGAGGCUCUGACUGGCCGCUGUUACUGGGAGGUAGAGUGGGAAGGAGUGGUUGAGAUAGGAGUGACAUACAGAGGAAUCACAAGGAGAGGACGGGGUGGUGACAGCGGGCUUGGAUGGAACAACAAGUCCUGGAGUCUUUAUUGUUAUGAUCGUCGUUACUCUGCCCGGUACAACGAUAUAGAGACAGCCAUCCCCCCCCCCCCCGAUGGCUCCACCAGAGUAGGAGUGUAUCUGGACCGGCCUGCUGGCUCUCUGUCCUUCUACAGAGUGUCCCCAGGUGGAGGAGGGUCCUCAGACACACUGACACACCUCCACACCUUCUGGUCCUCCUUCACCCAGGAGGACCUCCUCCCGGGGGUCUGGUUAGGGGUGUUCAAAAGAUUGGGGGAGGUCUCAUUGUCCUCCAGGCGGUCCCCCAGGUCGGGGGUCGGCUCCUCCGCGUCUCUGUGUCGGUUAUAGACACACAAAGGACCUCCUCCCUGGGCUCUGGGGGGGCGGCCUCAGGUGUGUGUGUGUGUGUGUGUGUGUGUGUGUGUGUGUGUGUGUGUGUGUGUGUGUGUGUGUGUGUGUGUGUGUGUGUGUGUGUGUGUGUGUGUGUGUGUGUGUGUGUGUGUGUGUGUGUGUGUGUGUGUGUUAGCAUGCGUGCAGGCGUUAUUUGAUUGCCAGGUAACCAUGGUUAGUAAUAUUCAUACUGGUUUCAAUAAUACAUUUGAUGGUAUUUCCCAUCUUUGCUGAGCAAGAGUUUUGUUCUAAAGUUCAGUGAUUGAAACAAAUAAAAGCCCGGGCUAUGGAAGUGUUACGGUACCACUGUCAUGCACCGACCCGAUGUCAAGUGGACCGGGUGGAAUUCACUGCGGGUCUCUCUUCUUAUAUCCAUCUCACCAAAGAUAUUUUAUUACUAUCCUUCUCAACACUCUCUGAUCUCACUAAAAGGCUGGCAGCACAACACGACGAGAUGCGCUGUGCGUAGAGAAGAAAGAAUACCGACGUUGUAUUUGCAACAUUUUGCAACAAAUGAUUCUAAAUCUGCCCAUAUAUGGACACGUCAGAAUGUUGUGGUUUCCACUCGCUGCAUCUGUGGCUGCUGGUAAUUUAACCACAAAGAAGUAUACUCUACGCCGGCUAUUUUCAGCAUUAUUAUCUUUCUUUUUAAUUUUUUUAGACGGCACAGCGAUCCGGGGCUAUUCCCAAAAGAUCCGGGGCUAUAGCCUCGAAUGCUCGAAUGCGAUAGCCCCGAAUGGGUUCUUCAAUCUGAUUGGUAGUCAAACUGGAAAUACGUUUGGUUUUUUUCGGGGAUAAUGUUCCCCGUUUUGAUCUCGGACGUCUGGUCACUUUAUAUCAAAGAUCAGAAUAUUCUAUUACUGUAAACUCUAACACAAGCCAAAACAUGUGUCCUGUAUCAUGGCUAUAUGUAUGACCGGUGAAAGAAAGAAACCGUGUGAACAUCAGGUUGGUAUUCAGUGAGGUGGGAUUAACUGAAUGCGCUGACAGUUCAUUACUGCCAAACAGAUGACACUGAGUGGAGCGGUCCACCCACCUCCACACCUUCUGGUCCUCCUUCACCCAGGAGGACCCCCUCCCUGGGGUCUGGGUAGGGGGGGCUAUAGAACUAUAACCCAAAUGCCACAUUUUGUUGGGCUUUUUAAAGUUGAUCUUGAUUAACCAUGAAAGGAAGAGACUUUUAAGUUUUUCUGUCAGGUUAAUAUACUAUGUUUCUAAUGUCAAAUGUAUUUUAAUUAUUGAUUGAUGGUGAAUUGUAACAUUUUUAUACUACAAUAUUGUGUCUAUUUUUAGAUGUUAACAGUUUCAUACUGCGGGGCUCUGAUACCAGUUUAUAUUUCGAUAAGCCUCACAUGAUGUAAAGCUGAUUUUAUAUUAUAUUCAUAAUGCAAGCGGUCUGGGAAAAGCUGUAGAUCAGGUUGUGAUGACUUUAAACUGAUUGAUUCCUUGUGUUCAGUGGGGAACAACACAGCAGCAGAACAUGUUCAAUUAUCAAAGAUAUGUGCACACCUGUUUAUGAAUAGUAAUGUCUGCUGCUUCUAUUGUUUGAGUCCUUGUGUUUAUUGUGUUCAUGUAAGGGACUGUUCUUCUAUUGUUUGAGUCCUUGUGUUUAUUGUGUUCAUGUAAGGAACUGUUCUUCUAUUGUUUGAGUUCUUGUGUUUAUUGUGUUCAUGUAAGGGACUGUUCUUCUAUUGUUUGAGUCCUUGUGUUUAUUGUGUUCAUGUAAGGGACUGUUCUUCUAUUGUCUGAGUCCUUGUGCUUAUUGUGUUAAUGUAAGGGACUGUUCUUCUAUUGAUUGAGUCCUUGUGUUUAGUGUUCAUGUAAGGGACUGUUCUUCUGUUGUUUGAGUCCUUGUGUUUAUUGUGUUCAUGUAAGGGACUGUUCUUCUAUUGUUUGAGUCCUUGUGUUUAUUGUGUUCAUGUAAGGGUCUGUUCUUCUGUUGUCCUGGUUAAUAAAGCAUAAUGGUGAUA